UGCUAUUCCAAAGAAUUUGUUCUGGCAGGAAACCGUGCAUCAAGGUUAGCCCUAUCCCUAACAUAAGAUUAAGCUCAAUUUAUUGAGUUUAUUAAAAUGAUGCAUAAAGUUUACAAAUAAGUUAUUAUUGUUGUGAACAUAUAUAUUGCAGCUCUAAUUAGAUAUAGGAACAAUGGCACUCAAAAGUGAGGCUGUUGGAUCAGAAAUUUGUGCAUCUUUAGGAUUGGAUAAAUAUGAAAAUGGGGUUUCAGGAACUCCCAGAGUUCUUUUAAUUCUUUCUUCUGUUCUUGAGAGAACCAUUUCAAAGAAUGAAAAGUUAUUGAAGGUGUCAAAGAAGAAGGAUGCUGUUACAAUCUUCCAUGGUAUGAAGGCACCAAUCUUAAGCAUUCAACAGUAUGUUGAGCGCAUUUUCAAGUACUGCAAAUGCAGCCCUUCUUGCUUUGUUGUUGCAUACAUAUACAUCGAAAAAUUCCUCCAACGCACGGAUGCUUAUCUUACUGCCCUCAAUGUUCAUCGGAUUCUAAUAACAAGCAUUAUGGCUGCUGCAAAGUUCAUGGAUGAUGAGUGUCAUGAGAACGCCUACUUUGCCAAAGUGGGUGGCAUAAGCACUGCAGAACUGAACAGCUUGGAGUUGAACUUUUUGUUCAAUUUGGAUUUUAGACUUUUUGUUACCCCUGAGGUCUUUGGGAAAUACUGUCUCCAGCUUGAAAAGGAAGGUCUUCGCAACCGAAUUAACCUGCUGGACUAAUUCCUGGGGAUUAAAUAUAGAGUAGCCUAACAUAUAUGAAACUGUAUGUGCACCCAAACUGGCAGGCUCCAGCUACAAAGGCAUAUGAUACUCACAAUGCUAUGUCUUAUUUCUCUCUCCCUUUUUGUUCUUUUGGCAAUGUAGUUAAAUGAAGCAUAAUUUAAAGCAUAGCCUUGGCUUGAGCUAAUCCGCCCCUGGUCUCUAUGCAUGCGGCCAGAAGUGAGCAGGAAAUUUGGCUACUGAGGUUUCGCCAAACCAAAUCAAUGACAAAAGAAAAAAUAGUAAUAAAUGCCUUGGUGCUUGUUUCU